CCGCCACCGCCGCGCCGAGUCCUUUUGUCCAAGAUGGCGGCGCCGGGGGCGCUGCCUCCUCGGCCGCCGCCGCCGCCGCCGCUGUGAGAAACCUACGGGCCGCCCGCCCGCCGCGCCAGCGCCAUGAAGCGGCAGAGCGAGCGAGACUCUAGCCCGAGCGGGCGCGGCUCGUCAUCGUCGGCCAAGCGUCCGCGGGAGCGCGAACGGGAGGCGGAGGCGGGCGGGCGGCGGGCGGCGCACAAGGCCUCUGGCGGCGCCAAGCACCCGGUUCCAGCGCGGGCCCGCGACAAACCCCGCGGCAGCGGAAGCGGCGGGAGUGGGCAUCGCGACGGCCGCGGCACCGGGGACGCGAAUCACCGUGCGAGUAGCGGGCGCUCCUCGGGCUCCGGCGCUGGCGGCGGGGGACGCGGCGGCAAGGCCUCGGGGGACCCGGGCGCCUCCGGCUUGUCGCCCCGCGCGUCUCCUCUGCCGCCGCCUCCACCACCGCCUGGGGCCGAGCCCGCGGGUCCCGGCUCAUCCGCAGCCGCGCCUGAGUACAAGACGCUGCUCAUCAGCAGCCUGAGCCCCGCGCUGCCUGCCGAGCACCUCGAAGACCGGCUCUUCCACCAGUUCAAGCGCUUCGGCGAGAUCAGCCUCCGCCUGUCGCACACGCCUGAGCUGGGCCGUGUGGCCUACGUGAACUUCCGGCAUCCACAGGACGCGCGCGAGGCCCGCCAGCACGCCCUGGCCCGCCAGCUGCUGCUCUACGACCGUCCGCUCAAGGUAGAGCCUGUGUACCUGCGCGGCGGCGGCGGGAGCAGUCGACGAAGUAGCAGCAGCAGCGCCGCCGCUUCCACGCCUCCCCAAGGGCCGCCCGCGCCCACCGACCCGCUCGGCUACCUCCCGCUGCAUGGAGGCUACCAGUACAAGCAGCGCUCGCUGUCCCCCGUCGCUGCCCCGCCCCUGCGGGAGCCCCGCGCCCGCCACGCCGCCGCAGCCUUCGCCCUGGAUGCCGCGGCUGCCGCCGCUGUGGGACUGUCCCGAGAGCGGGCCCUGGACUACUACGGGCUGUACGACGACCGUGGGCGCCCCUAUGGCUACCCAACUGUGUGCGAGGAGGACCUGAUGCCCGAGGACGACCAGCGGGCCACGCGCAACCUCUUCAUUGGGAACCUGGACCACAGCGUAUCUGAGGUGGAGCUGCGACGGGCCUUCGAGAAAUACGGCAUCAUCGAGGAGGUGGUCAUCAAGAGACCUGCCCGUGGCCAAGGUGGUGCCUAUGCCUUCCUCAAGUUCCAGAAUCUGGAUAUGGCCCAUAGGGCUAAGGUGGCCAUGUCGGGCCGAGUGAUUGGUCGCAACCCCAUUAAGAUAGGCUAUGGCAAGGCCAACCCCACCACUCGUCUCUGGGUGGGUGGCCUGGGACCUAACACCUCACUGGCAGCUCUGGCCCGGGAGUUUGACCGCUUUGGGAGCAUUCGGACCAUUGAUCACGUCAAAGGAGAUAGCUUUGCCUAUAUCCAGUACGAGAGCUUGGAUGCAGCCCAGGCCGCCUGUGCUAAAAUGAGGGGUUUUCCCUUGGGUGGACCAGACCGCAGGCUCCGCGUGGAUUUUGCCAAAGCAGAGGAGACUCGGUACCCCCAGCAGUACCAGCCCUCACCACUCCCUGUGCAUUAUGAGCUGCUGACAGAUGGAUACACCCGGCACCGCAACCUGGACACUGACCUGGUGCGGGACAGGACGCCCCCACACCUUCUGUACUCAGACCGAGACCGGACUUUUUUGGAAGGGGACUGGACCAGCCCCAGUAAAAGCUCUGACCGCCGAAACAGCCUUGAGGGCUACAGUCGCUCAGUGCGCAGCCGGAGUGGUGAGCGUUGGGGGGGAGAUGGGGACCGUGGUUUGCCCAAGCCUUGGGAAGAGAGGCGGAAACGGAGGAGCCUUUCCAGUGACCGUGGGAGGACAACCCACUCCCCAUAUGAGGAACGCAGCAGGACCAAGGGCAGUGGGCAGCAGUCAGAGCGGGGCUCCGACCGCACCCCUGAGCGCAGCCGCAAGGAGAACCACUCCAGUGAAGGGACCAAGGAGUCCAGCAGCAACUCCCUCAGCAACAGCAGACACGGGGCUGAGGAACGGGGCCACCACCACCACCACCACGAGGCUGCAGACUCUUCCCAUGGGAAGAAGGCAAGAGACAGCGAGCGCAAUCACCGGCCCACGGAGGCCGAGCCCAAGCCUCUUGAAGAGCCAAAACAUGAGACCAAAAAGCUGAAGAAUCUUUCAGAGUAUGCUCAGACACUACAGCUGGGUUGGAAUGGGCUUCUGGUGUUGAAAAACAGCUGCUUCCCCACGUCUAUGCACAUCCUAGAGGGGGACCAGGGGGUGAUCAGCAGUCUGCUCAAAGACCACACUUCUGGGAGCAAGCUGACCCAGCUGAAGAUCGCCCAGCGCCUUCGACUGGACCAGCCCAAGCUCGACGAGGUCACACGACGCAUCAAGCAGGGGAGCCCCAACGGCUAUGCGGUCCUCUUAGCCACCCAGGCAACCCCCAGUGGCCUUGGCACUGAGGGGAUGCCCACAGUGGAGCCAGGUCUGCAGAGGCGGCUUCUCAGGAACCUGGUCUCCUACUUGAAACAGAAGCAGGCCGCAGGGGUGAUCAGCCUGCCAGUGGGGGGGUCCAAGGGCAGAGAUGGCACAGGCAUGCUCUACGCCUUCCCACCCUGCGACUUUUCCCAGCAGUACCUCCAGUCAGCACUAAGGACAUUGGGCAAGCUAGAAGAAGAACACAUGGUGAUAGUCAUCGUCAGAGACACUGCCUAGCCCAAGCCUGUCUUUCCCAGCGUCAUGUUUGUGUCACAAAAGCAGUUAUUUUAAUCUGAUCCCCUCUCUACCCUACCACUUUGGUUUGAAUUAUCUCCUGGGUUAUUUUGGUUCAUUUGGGUGGGGAUCAAAGUCCUGUCCAGCACCAAAACUAAGUUCUUAGAUUUUGGGGGAAUUUUUUUUUUUUUUUUCCAAACGAUGAGAAGGGAAUCCGGUUAUGUUGAUUUCUAGUGUACAAGAUACUGUCUGCUGUGGUUCUGUAUUUUUUUAUUUUUUGACCAACUGUAUGGAAAGUUGUCAGUAAAACCUUUGUCAGGAUGGAUUUUUAAACCUGUUCGGAGUCCUGGUUUAAUCAAGCUAAGAAUUGAAGACUUCCCUAGUGCAUGUACACGAAUGUCCUACGUCAUCUUUCCAGCACCACUGCUGCAUAGGUCACUCUCGGCCUCUCAGUUCUUCAGGCUGAGUCUGGACUCUAAUCACUCAUUUUUAUCUUGGCUGACAGGCAAGCUUCAGUUUGGGCUCUGGACCCUGCCACACAAGCCCAAGUAGAGCCCAUGCAAAGGAAGGGAUGAGGUGAGCCCAAGGCCCGUGGUUAGCAGCUACUGAUGGUUUUUUUCUGCCCUAAACGGUGUGUGUCCAUCAUCAGUUUGAGCUGUAGCUGUUGGACAGAGUGCCCACUCAGCAUGUUUGGCAGCAGGUAGCCUUCAGCAGCUGUGCAGUCUUGUACAAAGAGACGCUGUGCACUGUUGAUGCCAGGGGGUCUCAGGGCCCCUGAUCUGUCCAGGUUCCCUCUGUUUUGGCCUCCUUUCUAGCCUCACUCAACCCGGGGGACAUCCAGUGUUGGGAGACGGAGUUGCCUCAGAUUCCCAGGGGCCCAGCAGUCCAAAUACUGGAAUGGAGGGUUGGAGGCAGCCUUCCUUGGAUUUACUCAUGAACUGUGCCUAGAUGUUUGUGAUUUUUGGCUUUCUCUGGGUCGUUCAGGGCUGAUGGGUAAUAGAGCAGGCCCGUGCCCAGUCAUACCUAGAGCUUUGUGGGGGAUACCGAACCUCUAGACUGAAGUACUUUUACAAAGCUACAGGGGAGCACAGUGGACUAGGGGAUGCCCUUGGUAACUGACAUGAUGGUUUCCUAGGUGCAAGAUCAGAGCAUGUGCCUACACUUUGUGCCCUGAUGUUGAGGUGGAGACCAUUGGGAAAUAGUAGAUAUUUUUCUGGAGGUAAGUCACAAGUCACUGAGGGGUCAGGCAGUGCUAGAGGUUGAAGCCACUCAAGCCAGUUGGGGAGGAAAGGGAUGCAGAGGUACCCUCUAGCUGGAAGGGUGAGAUUUAAGGUGGUGUGGACAGUGUGGGCCAGGGAGGAAAACCAGAGCACACAGUUGUCACCAUGGAACACCCCAAAUGCCAUUGUUCAGAGUGUCUGUGUGGCACCUAGGAUGUUCAGACGGAACAUCGUGAGGGCUGAUGAGAACAGAAGCUCUGGUAAGUGAAUGAGCCCCUAGAUAACCAGGAACUCACUCCAGAUUCUGCUGGCCAUGGCAUCCUCUCUCCAGGUCUAGUCCCUUACCCGAGCUGGGAUGAGGCAGCAUGAGUGACACCUGAGAUUAGAGGCUGGGGCUCAGUGCAGGCUGUGGAGAGGCCACGCUGGUCCACAGGAACACUUGGCAGUGCUCUUGUAGACCCCCUCGGUGAUGUGGAAUGGACAGGCGCUUUGCAAGAGAGCAAGCACGUUCAUAACAAAACAGCAACACAAGGACAUGUUAAACAUGUUUAUUUGCCUGUUUUUACUUGAGCUGUGGUCACAGCUGCCAGGUACCUACGCAAGUCAGUUGGGUACAGCAGGACAUGCCACCAUUCCAGGGUAGCUGGUACUGCCAGAAACAGGAGUGGGUCUUGUCCUGUUGAAGGCACACUGCAGGGUUUUUCCUGCAGAUCUCCAACAAACGCCUGAGUCACAGGCCAGAGCUGCCUUGGUAUGUAAGUCCAAAACUUCUCUGGGCUACCUAUCUUCCUUCAUGAAGCGGGUGCUCAGGACCCAGAAGAAGCUACCUCCCAGCUUUCUGAGACAGAACCAAGUAAAAGGAAACAUGCUAGAAAACGUGCCUGGAGAAGACACUUCAACCUUUGCCUUAUCCAACCCCUCUUCAGAGAAAGGUGCCCCAUGGCCCCAAAAAGAACUGCUAAGUUUUGGUGAGGAGUAACACCCUGGCAUGACCUUCCUUCUGCUUCUUGGCCCUCAACCACUUCCUCUGGCUCUUAAGACCCAGCAGGUUCUGUGAACUCUCAGGCCUUGGCCAGUACUAGUGAGGGGAAGUCAGGUAGUCAAUGCCCUGAUGAUUUUAUGAAACUGCCCCAGUGAGAAAACUCAGGCAUCCAGUGCCCCCACCCAGGGUUCAGGUCCUGUCUAAGGUGUUGCUUAAAGACAAAAAGGCAACAUUUGCCUCACCGGUGGUGUGCCACUGUUCUCAUGCUGCCUCCUAUGUGACUCUGAUUUUGAGCCCUGGUAGAAUAAGGAAGAGAGCUGAUGCUUCCUCAGACCCUUAGCACAUGUUCCUAAGGGUGUGUUGUCAAGCCAACCCGAAUUCUGCCUCCCUAUUAUAGUUCCUAUCUGCCCCUUAGAGACCUGUGGGUGCUCCCAGCAGAGUUGAGACUGGCUCCACUGAGUUAAUGACUAGAAUAUAGUGCUUUCACUACUUCUUGAUUGUUAACCUGUUUUCUUCUGAUGCUGGUCAGUACCAGCAGUCAGACUAUUCCACUGGUUAAGUGUUAACUACCAUUAAAGUGAGGCAUGAAGCAAAAGAGCUGAGUCCUCUGCUCUCCAGAGGACUAAGAAAUACCUGUGUGACACAGACCCACUUCAGUGUGUACAGCAAAUUCUAUAGUGCUCCUAAGCCCAGCAAGGCUUUACCUGCCCCUGGAGAGUUUUAGCCAUCUUGUGUUUCUUGUUUACUUCACAAAUUUGUCCCCUCUUCUCUCUGUUAAGGGAGAGAAGUCACUUUAGCUGGAUAAUACCUAUGUAACAAACUGAGCAGCUGUUAUUUGGGCAAAAUCAAAUGAAGAAAGACUAUGAUUUUGUAUUUAUUGUGGGAAUGGAAAACAGGGUGGGGUGGGUGGGUGAGUGAAAAGGUAGAAAUCCCUGGUCCUUUGCCUAUUGGUUACACAGUUUCACCAUAGGCCAAUUUUAGGGGCCUCUGAAGUAUCUUUCUACAAACGCAGACCAAGCUCCACUACCCCAAACCUGCCAGGACUGCUCAAGUCCACUGUCACAAUCCCUCUCAGAAAACAUUAGUAGCUGUUGCCCUAGCUACACAGAAGGCCAAAAUGCUUUUUCACUCCUUAGCUUUACCAGCUGCAUCCUCCAAAACUUCCCAGAAUACCUCCCUUUCCAGUUCCACCAAAUCUGUACUUGGGAGCAGCCUGUUGGAUCCAGAACAUGAGGACAGAGAGCUGCGCCCACAGAGGACAAAGCCCUGACCUCUCCUCUCUCCACAUUACCCUUACAAAAACAGGUCCUCCCCAUGAGAGAGCUACAGGGCAGAGGCAGACACUGUGAGUAAGCUACUCUCCUCCCUGGAGUGCUCUAUGUGGGCAGAACAUGCUCUCCCUGCCUCUCCUGGAAGGCGUCUCCUCUAUGGCGUGGCUAGAGCUGCAAAAAAGGGACACACCCCACUUGGGUAAAAGAAAAUAGGGAAAGGCCAUAAACAAAGACAGACUUGUAGUUUAUUUUGUAUUUUUUUUUAAAUAAAUACACUUUACAUUAAA